UAAUUAUAUACAAAUAUUUUCUAUAUACUUUUAUUACUAUUUUUAUCAUGCGUAAGGGAAUUAUCAAUUACUUGAUAUUUACAGGAUUAAAUUUAAGUUUUAUGUGUGAAGAAGUACAGAAUCACUCAAAAUGUGCACCGAUUACAUUCAAGAAUGGAUUUUUUAAUGUAACUGCACGUCGAUAUGAAUGUAACAAUGAUUAUUAUUAUUACAUGUUUGGAAAUAAUAGGUUAGAAUGCCGAGAGGAUGGAAAUUGGAAAGGUGAAAUACCUUAUUGUGCUAGAACAAUUUCUAUACAACUAUGGAAAGGCGAUUAUGAAAUAAUUCUUAACAAUCGAUGUGAUAAUUCUAAUGGUGAUAAACCAUGGGAGAUAGAAGUAUUCGGUAAACCAUUCUCUGCUGUAAGAAUAAUAUUUAAAGGAAAUGUUGAUAACAUUGGAUGUCCUGAUGUGAAUUUAAGUAUUAACAAGAAAACGUACGAUGAAACUUAUAAAAUUUGCGAUUUUUAUAACAAAUACUUUGCAUACGAAUUUAAAAAUAUUAUGAAAAUAAACAUUAAAUUUUCUAUAAAGAAAGGUUCGUCUUAUUUUGAUUUAUGUGGAAUCUACGUUUAUUCCAAAUCAGAAGAAAAAUGUUCCAUUGCAUCAAUAACUCUACCAAAUGGAUAUAUUUCUCCUUCAAAUGUUAACUCGUUAAGCUAUGGAGAACACGUGUCAUUUAACUGCAAUGAGGGUUUUCAACUGAAUGGAUAUCGAUAUCUUUAUUGUGGAGUGACAGAUAUAUCGACUCAAAUACCUCAAUGUCAACGGAUCCAAUGCAAAAAUUCUCCGAUGAAUAUAUUAAAUGGUAUGUGGGAAAAUUGGAAUGGCACUAAACGUUACUUUUAUGAACACGAAAUUCGUCUUAUUUGUCAUCCUGGUUAUAAAUUAAGUGCCACAGGAAAUAUUAAAUGUCUUAAGAACGGAGAAUGGUCCCAUACUCAUGCAGCUUGUAUAGAGAAGAAAUUUCCAAUAUAUUUAAGUAAGUAAAUAAUAACAGAAUAAAAUUUUAAAUAUCGGAAUAAAUAGAUUUAUAUACAGUAUCUUGUAUAUUAAACUUUCACAAAGAGAUUCGAUAUAAGAAUUCUCCCAUCGCUACAUUAAAUGGAAUAUUGAAAAAUUGGAAUCAAAGUAAGAAUUACUCCUACGAAGAUGAACUUCAUCUCACUUGCGAUGAUGGUUAUAAAUUAAAUGCCACGGGAACUAUUAAAUGUCUUGAGAAUGGAGAAUGGUCUCACACUACUUCUAUAUUCUUGAGUAUUUGAAAAUUUCUGAAAUUUUAUUUCUUAACUAGCUGCAAGGACCCACUUCGCUGGGUUUUUAUUCGUUCGU